AUGGUAGUGGAUGCCAGAGUGGAUCGAGGCUUACUGUCAUCUGACGGAGUUACCCCUCGGAAAUCCGACCACGCGGUCGAGAAGAUGGAUCCAGUGCAGCAUGAAAGAGAGGCGCGUGAAGAGACCGCGUUACCCGAACUCGUAGAGGAUAUGAAGAACAAAGGUGGCGGAAAAGAGCAGGGAGGCGAUGAGGAGAAGCCCUUAUCUCCUAGAGGCAUCAGUCAAUCGCUUGAGGGAAACGCUGGUGGUCCUGAAGAAAUACCUUCACAGCAACGCACAACAACGUUGAAAUUGCCCGUCCCAACUGAGCUGCAAUCCUUGAUUCGGAAUGCACUCAACCAUACCCGGCCGACGACAUCCCCCGCUGUUCACGGGGAGAACGUCCAUACGGCCCAAUCACCAACAGAGGGGGAGACGAGGCGGCAUCAUAAGAGAGGUGUGGGUAAGCUCGGUACAAAGCUCGAGGAUUAUCAGCUUGGGAGAUCGGUGGGCAAGGGAGCGUAUGCUACGGUUCGACUGGCACAUCACAUGCCUACAGGGACGAAUGUGGCGAUGAAGGUAUAUGAUAAAAUAAAGCUAUUGGACCCACAGAAACGGAAGGGUGUUAAGCGGGAAAUCAAGCUGCUGGAGCGGAUGUCGCAUCCCAACAUUAUUCAUUUCCACGAUGCUUUGGACUCUACUCGGCAAAUCUUCAUCGUCACCGAAUAUGCUGGUGGCGGUUCCCUGCAUGCUCUGCUGAAGCGAAAACCUGGUCGACGACUUGAUGAGGCCACUGCUGGGAAAAUAUUCUUGCAGGUCGCACAGGGUGUUAAAUACAUGCAUGAUAGAUGCAUUGUUCACAGAGAUUUGAAGCUCGAGAACAUACUCAUUGUUGGCAAUACUUACGAGCCCUUCGGUGGCCCGGCAGCGUUAGCAUUUGGCCGUGGGAAGUUUUCAACGUCCCGAUCAGGAGUAGACACAAGAGGUCUCAUCACGAAGCCGAAACAUUCACCUUUCCACCCACAAGUUCAAACCAAUGGGGAGCCCCCUAGCUCUGACUGCACCUACCACGUUUCCGGUCCCCAGAUCAAGAUCAUAGAUUUCGGUUUUAGUACAAUCGUUCCACCGGGAAAGAAAAUAAAAGUUUUUUGUGGAACUCCGUCGUAUAUGGCGCCCGAGAUUGUGCAGAAGCGGGAAUUUCACGGGAGUUGCGCGGACAUCUGGGCGUUGGGCAUCCUUCUUCACACGUUCCUGGCUGGGUGUUUUCCCUUCAAGGGGUCCACUGACAAGGAGUUAUAUAGGAAGAUUGCUAGAGGAGUGUUCGAUGUGCCAAGCCACAUUUCGCACAAAGCCCAAUCGCUCAUUUGCCGGCUACUGCGGAGAGACGCUGAUAAGCGACCGGUCAUCCACGAUGUCGUACAUGCAGAUUGGCUUCAGCAUCUCCUCACCGAUGAUCUCGAUCCUGAAGAGAGCAGCAGCUUGCUCUGUACCAGCGGCGGUGUUGAAACUAAUGCGUCGACUACUUGCGCCACUGGCGGCGGAUUCGGAAGCUUCACCACCACAUGGACUCCUACGCGGAAAAAAACCACGAGAGAAGAGCGAAAGACGUUUCGAGGCAUGAACAUGACCCCUUCUAGUGUUGAACUACCAUCGACUUCGCAUCACCGAGAUCUCUCGGAUAUUUUACCGAGCAAGUUGACUGAAGAGGACGCUAUUUCCAAGCUAGAACUUCUUGGAUACAAGAGAGCCGACAUACUGUCCAAGAUUAAGGAUCGGAGCUCUCAAAUAUCGCGAAUGUAUCAUCGAUUCCUCUCGACAGUCUCAAACUCCUCUCUGGUCAUCUUCUCCUUCCCAUCUAGCAUGCGCUCUAUGACACCGUCAGACACGCCGUCCCCAAGCAACCUCUUUAACGACUGCGCUGUUAUGAAAUCGUCAUUCUCGUCCUUGAGGUGCAUCCACACCCAUUCGGUGGCGGAGGAGGUGGAGGAGGUGGACGGGGAAGAGUUGCCCUCCGAGUCCUCCGAUGACACUGAUGAGGUCGAUGAAACUUCGAUGAUGGAAGUCGACAUAGGGGAGAAGGUUGGAGAUCUAAAGGAGGCGGAAAAGGCGGAGGUAAAGGAGGUGGAAGAGAUCGUCAUCAUCACAUGGAAGAAGGCUCGGAUUGGAGAGGCUCUCAGUCUUGGGGGAAAGGCGGCGGAUCGCCAUUGGGGUGGCAAGGGUGGGCAUUGGGAAGGCAAUAGUGGGAAGGGUGGACAUUGGGAGGGCAAUAGUGGGAAGGGUGGGCAGUGGGAAGGCAGUAGUGGCAAAGGUGGUAAAGGUGGCCGUUGGGAAGGUGGUAAGGGUGGCCGUCAAUGGGGGGAUCGCCGCGAUGAUAAUAACAAUGAGAUGGAGAGUUGGUCCGGGCAAGAUCAUGGUAAGGGUGGUAACGGCUACGAGCGGAGGCAGUGGAGUGAAGGCAAGGGGUCGCGAUGGGCCGGGAUCAGCCAGAAGGUCCCCGUCAAGGCCGUUCGAGAGCGGAUGGGAUCAAGUCAACGACCCAAUGAGCAGCAGCACAGCACAGACCAGCAACAGUCGGUGGCAGCUGCCGGACCACCCGUGCAGAAUGUACCCCCGGCAGCACCUCCUGGAGUAGGAGGAGCGGCCCCGCCUCCCUCGGGUAAGGGAGGUCCUCAUGGAGGUAAAGGUUUUGGUGGUCCAUGGGCCCCAACGUUCCCAUCACCUACUGGAAGUGGCCCUCCCAGUGGUGGUAAGGGGAAGGGAGCUUGGCCACCUGGCGCGGGUGGAUUCGUCCCUCCUCCGAAUCCUAUGUUGUUGCCAUUCCUGGCAGGGAAGGGUCUGCAACAGAUGAGACUUAAACAGAUGCAGUUACGACAACAGGAGGCGAAGGAGAAGUUGGAAAAGAAGAAGUUCAACGCGGAGGAGAAAAAGAAGCAUCUCGUUUUGAUCGCUGAGGGAAUCGUUAAACUGUUGAUGGGUGUUGGUGGAGGCGCUAGGGAGCUGUCUUUGGAGCUCCUCCCUGAUGAAUUCGAGAAGAUGUUUGGAGUGCCCCUCGAUGUUCGAGAACACUUUCAGGAGAGCAGCCUUCUACGUUUUGUACAGAGGUUUGAGGCAAUACCCUCCACUACUGACGAGAACGACCACACAAGAGUCAUCCCUAGGGCUCUCUUCCAAGUUUACUUCGAUGGCUCUACCUCUUGGCAGUUACGGCUGCACCCGGAUGCCCCAUGCCCUCCACCGAGUGAGUAUAUAGAGUAUGCUGCUGGACAGGUCGCGAAGAGUUUGUUUGGCCCUCGACGGCCGAGGACUGUCAUAAGAUUGGAGGAUAGUGUCCCACUGCCCCCAAGGGCGGCGGCAGCUGCGGAGGCUAGUGCUGGAGGCAAUGGUGAUGUAAAGAACGAGAAUAUCGCUAAUAUCAUGUCCUUAUUGGAGAGCAUCACUGCCGCAGGGAAUAAUGAGGGAGCUGUUCAAGAAGGAGUGGUAUCGACUUCCUCUUCCUCGUCUCCAUUGGGAGCUUCAGUGGCACCCUCUGCAACAUUCGAGCUCAGUCCUUCACCAGGUAGGGGUGGGUCUGCAGGUGAGGGCGGCACGCGAGGCAAGAGUGGAGGAGGGAGUAUGGCUGCUAAGAUCCAGGAGCUUCUGGCUAAACGCAAAGCAAAGAAGGAUGGAUAA